CAGUGUCAUUAGCAGUGUUGAGAGAACGCGGCCAGUGGAAGGCAGCACAAUGCAACUAGAAUGUUUGGAAUUUGCUGGAUGCAAUUUGGACCGGUACAUUAGUGAAGAUAACUCGCUCCCUUCGUUUUUGGAGGUAACUGGCAUAGCGACGCAACGAAGUCCAACAUGCAGCGGCCUCAACGCAGGGGACUACAGCAACUUGGCUGUAUUGCUAGGUCACCCAAACUUGUCCCAGCUAAAAGUCAUCAACAAAGUUCCACUACCACCUGAAAUUAUGGAACACUUUGCUCAUAUGCAAUGUCACUGUUUAAUGGGGGUGUUUCCAGAAAUAAGUAGGGUGUGGCUUGCAAUAGAUAGCAAUAUCUAUGUCUGGGCAUUCGAACAUGGCAGUGAUGUCGCCUACUUUGAUGGUCUAGGAGAGACUAUAGUUAGUGUUGGCUUGGUGAAACCGAAGCCAGGUGUUUUUCAGAGCUUUGUUAGGUACCUGCUGGUAUUAACCACAACUGUGGAAAUAGUAGUCUUAGGAGUAACAUUUUCGAGCAGUAAAACUGAUAGGGGAGAGUUGGAAGAGAUCCACCUAGUGCCAGAGCCAGUGUUUGUCUUACCUACUGACGGAGUAUCAAUGAUGUCUGUUAAGUCUACAGCACAAGGACGGAUAUUCUUGGGCGGCAAGGAUGGAUGUCUUUAUGAAAUUACAUAUCAGGCACAAUUGGGAUGGUUUGGAAAACAUUGUAAAAAAGUAAAUCAUUCAACCAGUGCAUUAUCAUUUCUAGUCCCUUCAUUCCUUAAUGCCGCCUUGUAUGAUGAAGAUGCCAUAGUAAAAAUAGAGGUGGACAACUCUAGGAAUAUUUUGUACACAUUGAGUGAGAAAGGGUGUAUAGAAGUGUUUGAUUUAGGUAACAACGGUGAUAGUAUACGAAAGAUUGUGAGACUUACACAGGGAAAUAUUGUUUCUUCAGCUGUGGACAUUGUUAAAACCUUAGAAGCAUAUAAUUUCAAACCAGUUGUAGCAAUAUCUGCAGUUGAUGAAUCAGAAUCUGAACAUUUAAACCUUGUAGCUGUGACACAGACUGGUGCCAGACUGUAUUUCAGCACUGGAAGUGGGGAUGCGAACCCAGGUGCGUUACAGCGGCCGCAGUACCUCACGUUAUUGCACGUGCGGCUGCCCCCUGGCUUCACAUCCAAUGCGUCAGUGCUGAAGCCAAAGCAGGUGCACAGUGCUGUCUAUGAAAAUGAUUCGCUGCUAAUGGUGUGCUCUGGAAGCGGUGGAGAAGCAGAGACUCUCUGGUGCCUGUCACGCGUGAUGCCCGGCCCAGGAUUUAGCGAAGCGCACACAUUACUUACGUUAGACGGGCCAGCGUGGGCGCUUACCUCGUUACCACAGAACCACAGCUCUCGGUUAUCUUCACUUCUACUAUAUAAAAGAGGAGUGUGGUCGGUGUCGCGGUGGGCGGUGGUGACGGGGGCAGGAGCUGCUAUAUUGGAAGCCGGAGCGGCACCUGAUCUUUUGCGCACUCUAUUACGUGACUGCAGAGGACCUGACGCGCAGUCCGUUAAAGAUUUUUUCCAGUUACACAACUUGGACCAAGCAUGCGCGUGCGCCUUAUACCUAGCAUGCGAAGACACGAACUCCGGCGACCUGUCGAUUAGUGAGUGGGCUACUCGUGCCUUCUAUCUUUACGGCAGUCAAGCCCAGAAUACAGCCCAGCAAAAUUACUCACAGAAUCCGACCGCACAAGUGGCAUCUACCAUAAAUUCUCCUAAAUUCUCACCGCGUCAAAUGUCAACGCCAAUGAUUAUGAGAGGACCACAGGGCCAAAUCCAGCCAAGCAAACAGAACCAAUCUUACCAACAGGGGCCAAUGAACCAGUCCUACCCUGGUUCACCGAGCCUGUCCAUGUCUAGUCCGUUUCAGCAACCUAUGACUAGCCCUGCUCCUUUCAACCAGUCUUCUUUUAUGGGGAAUGUAACGCACCAACAAAGAGAUCUAAACUUUUCGGCUCAAUUAGAAUAUAGCCCAAAACAUAAUGGUCUUUAUAUCUAUGUGGGACGAAUACUAGCACCCAUAUGGAAUUUAAGAUGUGUGGCUACAUCAAUGACACCAGAUAAGAAGGAAUUCAUGGUGAGCCGUGUGACGGGCGAAGACUGUGCGUACAUAGUGCAGCGAUUGCAGCGUGUAGCAGCGUUUACACAGCGCAUCGGUGCGCCUCCACAUACUGACGAACAUGCUUCUCUACAAGCAUUGAAACUUUUCAUAACAUUGGCCAUCGAAAUGUUAAGUCUCUGGAAAGUGCUGUCGGAGCACCAGUUCCACGUCGUUGCCGCCAGUUUACCACCAGAGCAGCAGAAUGCGUUACAAGCCGCUAGUUUCAGAGAGUUGCUGGUUGGGGGACAAGAAGUGGCAUGCUUACUCCUUGGAUCAUUAGUUGCUGGUUAUCUUCGCGACAACGCCUCUGUCGACGGUAUUUCACAGAAAUUAAGACAAUUAUGUCCCACACUGUAUAGGCAAGAAGAUGCAACGUGUUCCAAAGCUAACGAAUUACUUAUGUUCGCAAGACAACAGAAAAAUCCGACCGAACGAGAGGAAAUGCUUCAACAUGCGUUGAAACUAUGCGUGGACGUAGCACCAAAUGUAAACCUACCACUAGUGUGUUCAAAGUUAACGGCAGCUGGAUUCUAUACUGGAGUUGUCGAGCUGUGUGUAGCGUGCGCACAUAGAAUAGACCCUCAGAACAAAGCGAUACACUACUAUAAGAGUGAUCAGCCAACACAGGACAGAGAAGGGCAUCUGGCUUAUUACAGAAGGAUGGAAAUUUACCGAGAAGUGUGCAAUGCCCUCGAGCGUUUAUAUGAACGCACCUCAGAAUCCUCUAACACCGAGCUUAAUAAUUCAAUUUCAACUGCAGAUGCCAAUUAUCAGGGAAGAAAAUUGGUAUGGGAAUGUUUGUCUCGUGAUGACGAACUUUUACAUGUAGCUGUGUACGAAUGGCUUGUGUCUAAACAUUUGGGAUCCGAGCUACUGUCUCUGGGCACCGCGCCGCCGCCGUCACUUCGCACGUAUCUUCAAGCGGCAUCGAGAUCUGCCCCACCAGCCACAGCACUUCAUCUGCUGGACUUGUUGUGGAAAGUGCUUGAGAAAUGUGGAGACCACCUCGCCGCCGCUAACGUUCUCGAGGGACUCGCUACUAGACCUGGAUCGGGAGCAUCUUUAGCGCAACGCAUGUCCUGGUUAUCUGCGGGCAUUGUAUGCGUGCGCGGCGCGGGUGCUGGUGGAGGCGCGGGCGCAAGUGGCAGCGGCGAAUUGCUGCGGCGGCUGGAAGAGGCAGCUGAGGUAGCCCGUGUGCAGGCUUUGGUUCGGUCUGCAGCCGCCGCAUUGCCCAGAGCGCUUCAGCCGCCGCCCAGACAUAUGCAUCGUCUCGAUGACGAACUGCUCGAGAUCACACAGUUAUAUGAAGAAUACGCCGAUCGCUACAAUCUAUGGGAAUGCAAGCUUGCCAUUGUUCAAUGCUCUGGACACAAUGACGCCCUUUUCGUGGAGAACAUCUGGAGUAACAUUCUCGCCGAGGCCGAGGCGGCCGCGCGCUGUCUCUCCACGCCAGACGAGAGACUCGCCUCUGUACUCAGCAAACUCACUACUCUUGGCCGAGAGUACGUCAACACCGGACAUUGUUUUCCACUUUAUUUCAUAGUGCGUCAGUUGGAAAUAAUGAGCUGUAAACUACAGGCUGACCAAAGUUUGGUGUUCCGAGCAAUAUUGAACAUUGGAGUCUCAUUAGAACAAGUUCUAGACAUCUAUAUCAAAUUGGUGAGCGUGAACGAGCGAGUAUGGCUGGGGUGCGGCGACGAGACGCACGUGUGCGCGUGCGCUGCGCUGCUGCUGGAGGCGGCGCGCACCGAGUUGGCCCCGCUGCCGCCCGCGCAGCGCCGCCGCGCGCUCGCCAAGUGCAAGGACCUGCACGAGUGCGCGCUCUCCGCGCUGCAGUCUCGACCGAACACGCAACGUCUCAUCGACAGGCUGUCAGUAGUGCAGGCGCAACUGGAUCGCAUGGAUUGAAUAAUUGCUUAGGUAGAUAAUAUAGAUUUUAAGUUAUUACUGUAUUGUGAAAGAGUGUAAUUUAUUCCGCACUUUCUGACAUAAAAUGAAUUUUUGUAAUGGAUAAAUCAAGCCACAAUUAAUUGAAACAAAUUUGGACUGAAACAUGUUUAUUUUACACUUUCGUACAUUAAUAAACAUACAUUGGGCCACAAGCUAAUGUAAACAAAUUCAAAAUUCAGUAAUAAAAAUAAGAACAUACCGUAUGUAAAGUAUAAGGGCGCCGUCAAAUUAAAUACUCGUAGAAGCCCUGCAGUGACGCGACUGCGGUGCGGCAGUCGCACCUCUGUAGCGCUUCAAUCAGCAAAAGUGACGUGCGUGUCACGAUAAUGGGGCUGCAACUGCCCUUCUAAAAAUAUUUUAUGAAAAUAUUGUUUGUAUACUUAAGCAUAUGGCCAGGAAUACAAAAAAAAUUUAAGUAUUUUGUAAUAGUCUACUUUAUAAAUUAACUAUCACUAAGUUAUAUGUUAAUAUGGCAGUGACUGAUAUUUUAAUUUCGAUAUCUCAGUAUGAUGAUGUUUGUUAUUCUUUUCGAUUAUAAUCAUGUGCAUGUAAAAUAAGGAUUCCGAAAAGUUACAAA